UAUCCCUUAAACCAUCAACACUGAGAACUUGUCAUAUACAUGUUGAUAUUCUGAACCUAUAUGAAUGUUUAAUCUCGAGUCCCAUUGUUAUAAUAUCAUUAAGACUAACUUUAUUAAUAUUUUUUGUAUCAGCUAUUUGUGUUAAAAUAAAAAAUUAGUAGAUUAUUUGUAUUUAACUGUAUAUUUUCUAUCAAUUAUACCAUGAAUGUCAACAGUUUUUAUAUUUGUUAUACUAGCAAUAACAUUCAAAACAGAAUUAAAACCGUGUUUUAUUUAGUUUUACAAAUCAAUACAUAUAUUAUUUAUUAAAAUAAAGUUUUGUUUGAGACAUAGUGCAUCAUUUGCUACAAUUGUUUACUUCAAUCAAAUAAUUGAAUGUUAAUGGACGUCACUGAGAAUGCCCACGACACAGAAAUACUUAGAAUGAGGUUCUAAGAAAGUUUGUUCAAGAUAAGCUAAAGAAGGAUAAGAUUCUGUUAUAUCCUAGUAAGAUAAUUUAAGAAAUGUUUAACAUUUUACGAGAGAUAUGUCAUCGCAUAAAAGUGAUUUUCUUUGUUUGCACUUUUUCAACUGUUUAAGAAAACAGAGUGAAGAGGAAAAGUUGUAGUCUAUCUCUGACUAUAUGCAUCUGUACCGCUGUAGUUGAAAAAUACUAAACGUCCAUACAUACACUGCACUUCAAUUUCUCUUUACCGUAUACAAUAUGUCAACAAAAAGAAUAUUUAAUGUGACGCUCAAUGAUCCCAGGGUUGCAGAUGGCACAAUAUCCACAACAAAUGUUGCGAGUUGCUUAGCGUUUACUGUAUUUCUGUCUAAUAAAAAGAUCAUGAUGUGUCAUUUAUCAUCUGAAUAUUUACCUUCGGACUUAGAUCUUAUUUAUGAUCAAACAAGGGAGUUAAUCGAGAAUGUAAUAACCGAAUGAAUGAAUUUUGAUGAUAAGUAUAAGCACUGGUUUGUAUACUGGGAGGAUUAAAGAACGAUCUGCUGUUAAAGCUCACAGAAGACACUAUUCGUGCUUUAAAAGCUGAUUCAAAAGUACAAUCGACGGACGAUGACAAAGACUCUGGUGUCACCGACGAGAAACUGCGGCGUUUUUUAGAUUCUAUCAAAUAUAUUGGUUGUAGUUUAAAUGAAUUACCAAUUACCAACAAUGGUACGGAAGAUUAUUUAUGCGAAUCAACAGUGCUUGGUGAAAACGAUAAUGAUGGUACUUCCAAAAUUUUUGUUUAUCAAUAUACAGUAAGAAAGAUUUACAACUAUGAAAAACGUCUCAUUACAGUACGAAUAGUAAAUUUAAUAGCUGGUGAUACAAAACAAUAUAUAUUUCAAUAUGAGGGAAACAAUAUUCAUUAUAAUCGUAUGGUUUCAGCCGCAAAAGAUUAUAAAAAUGAUACAUUGGGUACAAUUCAAAACUUUAUAAUAUCAUCUAUUUACGAUCAUAAAAUAAUUCAUGCACUAAACUUACUAUCACAAAUUAAUAUAAACUGA